AUUCUGCGUCGCCUUGUGAUGAUGACAUUGACGUCAUUAAAGUGCGACAAACAUAACAGUUGUCUUUGUGCUUCAACCAGCAGACGUGUUGUGUUCAAUGGCCGAGCUCUGCAGUGUGUGUUGUCAGGGUGUUCCCGGUCAGCCAGCAGCACAGCAAAGGACAAGGAGCCGCUGAAGAAAGCCAAAACCCCGCAGGGUCGGUUUGACAACCCAGAGGAGAAGCAGAAAGACGUCCUGGAGAAGUACCCUGAUGAUGUGAACCCCGCCACCAAGGAGAAGGGCGGUCCCCGGGGCCCGGAGCCAACCCGCUACGGAGACUGGGAGAGGAAGGGCCGCUGUGUUGACUUCUAGUUCAUUCUCCAUGCAGAGUUGUAAUUUAAUCAUUGAUUGUUUUGGCUUCACACACAGAGUCUGAGUUUCUGAUCAGAGGUCAAGAAGGAGGCAAAGAUACAACCGUUGUUCUGUCACUGUGUUCGUACCUACAGAGAACAAAGACAAACAUGAGCGUACUUCUUAUUGGCGUAAGUAGCUAGAUUCAUUCAGGUAUUCAUCGUCACAAAAUAUCAUAAACAAUCUCUGAAGUAUGUGAAGCUCCACGACUUAUUUUUGCACAUGGAUGAUGUUAGGUUGUUAGUGAGAGUGAGACAGGUCUGAGUGUGUUCCUGUAAACCUUCUGUCCACGAGUAUGAAUGCAGACAUCAAUAAAAGAAGGGAUUAUUCCACGUUCA